ACAAGACUAGAAUUUUUUAGUAUUUCUGAAUGGUUUUCCUAGACAAAUUUUAAAUAUUUUGUACAAAUCAACCACUUUGGCUCAAAUAAAUAUACGUAGAUGUAGGCAUAUAAUAAGUGAUUACACUUCUUGUAAUUGUAAAUAAAAGCGACUCGAUAAAUAUUAUUUUUAUUUAUAAUAUUAAAAAUAGUAAGAUAACUACAGAACACAGAAACAACUUGCAGUUCAACCGAAAGCGACGCGACGCGACGACGACGACGGACGUACAGCUUUUUACAUAUUGGAACUUUUUAACGAUUAUGACCGGGAUGGCAUGGCAACAUUUGUCGUAAAAAAAGUAAAUUAGUCGUGUAUUUUGUGCGCUGCGAGAUUAUUGUACGAUAAUUUUUAUGUGGAAUAAAAUUAAUGCUCGAUGUUCGCAUUUUGUAAGUUUUUCAGUAUUGUAAUAAUAAUUUGUAACUUGGAAUAUUGAUACUACGUGGUGUGAAUAGGUAUUCAGAAAAAUGUCGUCAAAAUGAAGUGUUUAAAAGUGAAUUAUAUCAAAAAAGCUUCUAUUUGCAUAUGAUAAGCAUAAUUUGUGACAAUGGAUGAUGAAGAGGCUGACUUGCGUGAACAAAUAUUUCAUAACAAUGUCAGGGAGCAAAUCAUUUUUUUGCUUUUAUUCAUUUUACUCUACCUCUUCUCAUUUGUAUUAAUUGAGAAGUUCAGACGGCGAGACAGUGAGGACUAUUUCACAGCAGAUGAAGAUGAAGUUAAAGUGUAUAGGAUCAGCUUGUGGUUGUGCACAUUUGCAUUGGCUGUGUCCUUAGGCUCUGCCCUUUUGCUGCCUGUAUCAAUAGUCAGCAACGAGGUGCUCAUUUUGUACCCCAAUAGCUAUUAUGUUAAAUGGCUCAACAGCUCACUAAUUCAAGGUCUUUGGAACCAUGUGUUCCUCUUUUCAAAUCUCUCAAUGUUUGUCUUCCUGCCUUUCGCUUACUUAUUCUCGGAAUCCUCAGGAUUUCCCGGGUGUAGGGGACUGAAGGGCAGAGUGUAUGAAACAUUCAUAGUUUUGGCUUUGCUGGGUAUAGCCAUGCUGGGCUUGGCUUACGUCAUAUCAGCAUGGUUAGAAGGAGACCGAUCCAGUAUUGAUGCCUUACUUAAUUUAUGGACAUAUUUGCCUUUCCUGUACUCCUGUGUGUCUUUCGUUGGUGUCUUGAUGUUAUUAGUGUUCACACCUUUGGGCUUCGUGAGGCUGUUUGGAGUGGUGGGCGGGGUUCUCGUGAAACCACAAUUCCUGCGGGAUCUCAAUGAGGAGUAUUACAUGUACUCGUUCGAAGAGGAGACCUUAAAGCGACGCAUCAAUAAUGCCGUCUCUACAGGAGUUGGCUACAUUUCGCCGGAGCCGAUGUAUCCGGACCGAGGUGACAUAUCGGCACCGCUAGACGCCGACAUAUCGUUGUUGAAGGAGGACAAGAAUGCUUCCUUCUGUGGUAAAGAGACUCCUUUGCUGAGGCUGAGGAACGGAGCCCUCCAGGCUGGCCUCAACGACAGGUUGCAGCGAAUCAUCACCAUGCGAAAGGAAGUAGAAAGUCAGCGAAAGACGUCAUCGUUCCAGCGGAACGUUGUGUAUCCACUCGCGAUGUUACUACUGCUUGCCCUGACCACGAUAACGGUGCUUAUGGUGCUGCAGAAUACACUGGAGCUGCUUAUCGGCAUUAAGGCAGUGCCGCUGAGUACCCGGCAAUUCACUUUGGGCAUCGCGUCGCUCUCGAAGCUGGGCUGGGCUGGCGCGGCCUUAGAGGCAUUCCUCAUACUAUACUUGCACGCGGCGUCGCUCACGGGGCUGAGCACGCCGCUUCGCGCGUUGCACGUAUUGCCGCGUGCGCGUAGAACGCCGCUCGCACGCAUUAUUGCUACGUGCGCGCUGUUGCUCGCGCAUUCUACUGCGCAGCCGCUGCUCGUCAAGAUAUUAGGUAUAACAAACUUCGAUCUGCUCGGCGAGUUCGGUCGCAUCGAGUGGCUCGGCAACUUCAAGUUGGUACUCCUGUACAACGCCAUAUUCGCGGCCACAGUCACCCUCUGCCUGGUCAGCAAGUUCACGGCGAGCGUUCGUCGAGAACUGUACAACAGAUUCAAAUGGAUAACUGAUUUUUUAAGUGUACCAGAAGACAAGAUUCCUCCAAACAUAAGUCUCCGUGCUGAUAGAGUGUCAGUGGAUCGAACAAUAAAUAUGCAAAAAGAAGAAGAUAACAAAGAGAAAAAGUCACAAUGAAAUAAUAAAAUUAUAUGUUAGAAAACGGAAAAGCACGUUGAAAAUGUUAAGGCAUUCUACGUUUAAACGAUGCGACCAUCGCGUCAUCGCGUUCUGGGUGUCCUAAAAGAACGCGAAUACGGAACGGGUUAGCCCUGCCCCUCUCCCCGCUUCCUAUCGACGCGACGCGAUCAUCGCGCGAACUUCAGUUAGGACACCUAUUCAUCAUUAAUAGGUUUGAUUGCGCGUUCGCGCGAAUAGAUUUUUAAACAUUUUAGUCGCGCAAAUGCAUCGCGCGAACGCCUAUUAGGACACCUAUUCUAGAUCAAUAUGUUUGAUCGUCGACUCGUACGAUGAUCGCAUCGCUCAUUCGCGUUAUCGCGUUGUAUUAGGACAAUGCCUAAGAGUGAGGGAAUAUGCAGUGGCAGAUCCAGAGUGGCUAGAGCCGCGUUGACAUACUCAUAGUCUGCUUUGACAAAGUAGAUUUUGUUUGAUAACUACUUAGUAAUCACAGCGCACUUUGAUGUUGGCGUCCAAUCAAAGCAGACUUAGAGUUUUUCUUCUUUCGACUUCGCGGUUUGAAGAUAACUUUGAUGUGAAGAACGAAACAAAAUGGCGUCUAAUGUAAAACUGGCCAAGUGCGAGUCUGAAUCGCGCACGAGAGGGUCCGUUUCAUUAAAUUAUUAAUAAAAAUUAGACACUUUCUUAUAAUAUCGAGCAAAAAACGGCGAGAAAUACGUCUGUUGUAUGGGAGCUCCCCUUAAAUACCUAUUUAUUUAACAACAAACGAUGACAAAGCUGCUUUGUCAAAGCAGACUUUGAGCAUGUCAACGUGGCUUAAGGGUUAAAAACCCCAACAGAAUCAUAAUCAUUAUUUAUGUUAUUUACGGGAUUGUUAACAUGUAUCUUCUUCUUAUAAGCGAGUUACUUCCGUGAUCAUGGCGCUUGUAACAGUGCCGAAAUA